AUACCCAUCGAUCAUUACUUACUGGAAAACAUCCUUCGGACAACACCAGAAUGAAAAUAAUUUUCUUUACUCUAGUGGCGGCACUGGUUGUGCUGGCCGUAGUAGGCGAAUCACAGGAUAUCGACGAUAAGAACGAAAACCCGGAGGUCAUACCCCAUCGUUAUCGCUACCGUCCCCAUCAUCGCCAUCACCCGCGCCGUCGUCAUCCACACCGUCCACACCAUCCGCAUCAUCCCCACCACCCGCAUCAUCCGCCACCACCAAACAAUGGCAGUUCCAGCGAUCCUUCCGGCAGAGGACAACCCGCAGCACCGGUUAACAUAACCGCUAUUAUUGAAGAAAUCUGGAAAGUGCUAAGAGCCGAUAUUAAUCGUGGCUCUAACCCAGCCAGUGGCGGUGCUUCGGGUGGAGCUCAAGGUGGUGCCCCAGGUGGAGGUGCAGGCGGUGCCCCGGGAGCCCCAGGUGCCCCAGGAGCACCAGGCGCCUCAGGUAACGCCGCAGGUGGUUCCCCAGGUGCCCCAGGAGCACCAGGUGCUUCAGGAGCCCCCGGUGCAGCAGGAGCCCCAGGUGCCUCAGGAAACGCCGCAGGUGGUGCCCCAGGUGCCCCACAAGCCCCGGAUGCAGCAGGAGCCCCGGAUGCAGCAGGAGCCCCAGGUGCAUCAGGAGCACCAGGUGCAGCAGGAGCCCCAGGUGCUGCUGGUGCCUCAGGUAGUGCUGCAGGUGGUGCCCCAGGUGCAGGAGCCCCAGGCGGUGCUGCAGGCAGCCGUUAAAUGGUUUGGUUCUCUAUUCAAUGACGAUUUUUGGCUAAAUUAUAUUUAAGUUUGGCAUGAA